GAACCCUAAUCUAGAAAAAGCUUUCUACAAAAGCAAGCAAAGGGAGCUCCUUUGCAACCCCACCCAGCUGUCUGUCUCAGCUCAUGUCUCUGAAAGAACCCCAUCUGCAAUUCUGAAACUAAAACCACAAACCACCAUUUUACUCAGCUCAAACAUCACAAAUUAGAUGUCUUCUUCAGCCAUGGCUACCUCUAAACUCAAAACCCAAAGAAAACCCACCAAGCAAAUACACCAAAAGGCUCAGAAACAGAACCAAAACCAGAACCAGAAGCCCCAAAAGACAGAGAAGCCACCCUAUUGGUCUGUUGUAAGAGGCUUAUUGACCUGUAAACAUCUCCAACCACUUCAGCUACAACAAGAGCGCAAACAGCAGCUACUGCAACAACAACAACAGCAUGAGCAAGCCAUGGAGGAAAGUAAUGCUGCCAAGAAAAGCAAGAAAAUGAGAUGCUCUGGCUCACUGUGUAACAACACCAAAAUCAUGCACAGGCCUGAAAUAGGAUCUCCUGACGUUCAUAAGAAAAGGGCUUCAAUGGGUUCAAGUAACAGUAAUGAAACUUCAAGCAGAUCCAUGAAAGCUCCUCUGCAUGAGUUCAAUGGGGUUGUUUCUACCUCUUCUUCUUCAUUAUCUGCAGUAUCUACUAAUAAUUCUUCUGUUGGUGGUGGGUCUUUUAGAGCAAUGCCUUUCAGGAGAUUCUCUGGCUGCUAUGAGUGCAGAAUGGUGGUUGAUCCUGUUCUUGGUUUUGCUAGAGACCCUUCUCUGAGAGGCAGCAUUUGUUCAUGUCCUGAAUGUGGUGAGAUUUUCAUGAAAGCUGAGAACUUGGAGCUUCAUCAGGCUGUUAGGCAUGCAGUUUCUGAACUGGGUCCUGAAGACACAAGCAAGAACAUAGUGGAGAUCAUAUUCCAGUCCAGCUGGCUAAAGAAACAGACCCCAAUAUGUAAAAUCGACCGCAUCCUCAAAGUCCACAACACCCAAAAGACCAUCUCCAAAUUUGAAGAGUACAGAGAAUCCAUCAAAGCCAAAGCCACCAAGCUCCCCAAGAAACACCCUCGCUGCAUUGCAGACGGCAAUGAGCUCCUCAGGUUCCACAGCACCACAUUUGUGUGCUCAUUAGGCCUAAACGGCUCCUCCAAUCUCUGCAACUCAAUUCCACAUUGCAAUAUCUGCAGCAUAAUAAAAAAUGGGUUCAAUAAGUUCUCUGGAGACCUAAUCGAAGACGGCAUUUUGACAACAGCAACAAGUGGAAGAGCUCAUGACAAGGCUGUGGUUGCUGCAGAGGACAAUGGCAAGAGGGCAAUGCUGGUUUGUCGUGUGAUUGCAGGGAGGGUGAAGAAGAACAUGGAGGAUAGUAUUGGUAUUGGACCCAUUGGUAUGGAAGAGUAUGACUCUGUGGCUGGAGCUGUGGGAGUUUACUCUAAUUUGGAUGAGUUGUAUGUGUUUAAUCCCAAGGCUAUUUUGCCUUGUUUUGUUGUCGUAUAUGGAGGUUUCUAAACUUUUUAAUGAGUUUUUGGCCACACUUAUGUUAUAUAUUGCUGAGAUGAUUAAGACUCAAUUCUCCUUUGA